AUGAAAAUUCACUUCGCUCUCAUCCUAUAUUUGAUCUACCUUCCUCUACAAGCAUGCUGUCAAACAGUACAGGAUGACUGGACAGCACCCGCAGCUCCAGAAGGAUCUACACCACUGCAAAGCGGCUCGAAAUUCACUCUGAUCUGGAAGAUAGGUCUCCAAGACAAUUGUGCAACAUACUGUCCUUUGUGCGAUACGAAGAAACUCGAUCUUUGGAUCACCAACUUCAAUGGAACCAAAUAUACGUCUAAGAUUGGUCGUGGUAUCGAUAUCGCUACGACCGCAUCCUACGAUUGGAACGUAAACAUCGCCUUCGAUGCGUUUCCGUCAAACGACUUUUGGGUGUUCCGCUUUACCUUCUUCGACUCCGACGAUUCAUUCGCACAGCAGAUAUCCUCUCCGGGCUUCAAGAUAAGUGGGCUUAUCAAAGCCUCUAGCACGGUCGUGAUACCAUCCAGUAGUGCCACUUCCUCUAGGUCAACAUCCUCGAAUCUCGCGACUACCUCUAGCACACCACAACCUACAGCACAGCCAAUUACAUCGAUUUCAUCAUCGAAAAGUAAAACUUGGAUAUCGGGUGUUGUCGUAGGGCCUGUCGUUCGUUUACUCCUCGGUGCUGUACUCAUGUGGUUUUGCCUACGUAGACGCAAAUCCAAUAGGGUAGAGCAGAACCAAGCGAAUAGAGGCCACGGUCGAGAUGAACAAGGUGAACAAGAUGCAUUUGGACAGGUUCCGAAAGAAGGGUACUUUCAGACGAGAAACCAAGACCAGCAAAUCGCAGAAGUCUCAGGGCACACGACGCCCAAACCACCCGCAGAGCUGUGGGAAGGAAAUUAUCGCUCAAAGCCGUAG